AUGGCUUUAGCAGGAAAGGUGCAUGCUGGAAGCAGGUCAAAGCAUCCUGCUUUAAGAAACUAUGCAAGCAGAAAAACUGGCGAUGAUGUGGAGAAAGCCCUACUGGGUGUCCUAGCCCCCUACUGUCCACCAUUACUCACCCCCGGGGUCGAAGCUUUCGGAAAAACUCUGCGCCCCCCUCCCCCAUGGCGUGCACCCCGUGAUUGGGCCGCGGCCGACACUUCCGCACAGCGGGCCAGGCCAGAGCAGGGCGCGCGCCCCGCGCUCCAGCCACCCCGGAGGCGCUCGCGCCGGGGGAGGGCUGGGGGUUCCCGAGGCGCCCGCGGGCGGAGGGAGAGGGGAAGGAAGGAUUUGCAACAAUACCUCUGGGAGGAGGCAGCCGGGGCGGCAGCAGCGGCGGCGGCGGCGGCGGCGGCGGCUGGAGGCGGAGGCAGAGGCAGAGGAGGAGGUGCCCGGGCACUCCCCCUCCCAUUGUCCCCAGCCCCGGACAGGCUCGGCCCCGCGCCCCCGCACCGGCCUCCUCAAGCGCGCCGCCCGCGCCCAGCGCCCAGCGCCCCGCGCCCCGCGCCCCGGCCCCGGCCCCGCGCCGUGCAGCCAGCCCUUACCUUGCAGCGCCCGGCUCUCCCCCGGUCGCUAAAUCUACUUAUCCCGGGAAAGCUCGCGCGGGACCCGGGAACGAACCCACAGACAAAAAGUGAAACUUCGGCAGGGCUGGAGCGGCUGCUGGCUGCCUUUUCACCUGGGAGUCCUCAUCCUUCUCUUUCAGAUGAAGUUAACUUCAAGUGAUGGGACCUGAAUGCAAGCAGACCAACAGAAAGGAAGAGGAAAGUGAGAGGAGCCCAGCCAUUUGGAAGUAGCAAUCAAGACUAGCAUGGGCAACGGGCACAGUGGCCCACGCCCAUGAUCCCAACACCUUGGGAGGCCGAGCUGCCAUGUGAAGAAGGACAUGUUUGCUUUCCCUUCUGACAUAAGUGUAAGUUUCCUGAGACCUCCCAGGAAUGCUGAAGUGUGAGUCGAUUAAACUUUUUUCUUU